GGACCUAGAAUAGGCUAGCUUUUUUUUUCCCCUCCCUCCCUCUCUUUUCUCUUUUCCCUCCUCUGUCUUUCGGUCUCUCACUUAAGAGAGCGACAAGAACCCCACAUUUGACAAACACAAACAUACUACCAACCACUAUUACAACCAUGGCAUCUGCAAGCAGCUCUGCACAGGCCGCCUUCGGGCUGGGCCGCAGGAAGAAGAACCCCGGCCUCCUGGAUCAGAUUGGAAAGUUCUUUGGAGGUGACAAGAAGAGGAAGGGCAAGGGAUCUUUCCGAGGUGCUCUGUCUCCAGGCCCUCAGAAAGCCUCUGCCACUUCCCCACGUAAGCGUGGAGCAGAAAACGCUGUGGUCCACUUCUUCCGCACGAUUGGCGACCAGAAGUCACAGUCCGCCAAAGCCAAGAAGGCCAGUGCAGGGGACGGCAAAGGCACCCUGACUAGGAUCUUCAAAAUGGGAAGCAGGAGUGCUUCUCCAGCCAAACGUUGAGGUCUCUUUCUACACCCCCAUCCAACAGGAGGGCAGAUGUUCAAGAACACGGGGCUGAAGUGGGGAAAAAAGAGGAAGAAAAUGAGGAAAUCUCGUCGCCCCGUAAACUCCCCUCCCCCUCCCUCUCUGAUAACACUCUAAUGUACGCUAAAUCCCUCAUCUCCCUGGUUACCCUCCCCACCCCUUUGGCUGGUAGAUAGCGACACAAUCUGUUGCCCCCCCCCACCUUGUCCCUCCCCUGCAUGCUUUGUGCUGAGUCUGUGCAGUCAUCAUCACUGGUGUGAACUGUUUGCUGAAAUUGAUCCUGAAGCCGCUCACGUGUGCAGCCUGAAUGACCCCCUGACCCCCCCCUUCGCCAUGGCUCUCUCCAACCCCACCCCGCCUGAGUUUCUCUGGACGUCUUCGACAGUUUCUCUAACAAACAGGGCGCCCAAACCGGAGCGUACCCGGAGCAGCUGAAGGUUGCGGCCGGUGCAAGUCCGACUGACUUGACCGUCACUGCCGCUCGCCGCCUGGUGGAACGGACCGGGUCGUCCCCGCUUUGGGAAAGAGCGGUUUUCUGUCUCGUCACACUGUCUUCGUCAGCCCCCUCCGACCUCUUCCGCGAGUUGUCUGUUUGUGGUGGAUUUAACAGACCUGACAUGAUUGUGAGAGCCAUGUGGUCGCCGCGUGUUUUCAGUCAACCCUUGUGUCUCAGCUGUGGUUAAGUGUCCUGUCCUGAAUGUGGUGUUGAUCUAUGUUUGUCGUUCGGGCCUAAGGCCUAAGGCUGAUUUUGUGGUAAAAAGUUAAUUUCUAAACCUUCUAAAUCAAUUUCAUGCAACAGCCAUUGAAAAAUAAAAUUUUAUAAAUCAGCCAUUUCUAAUGUAUCAUCCCUUUUUCAGUCUAUGGCAUGCACUAAUUUUCUAAAUGAUUUGGUCUGUUUUCCACCUUUAAAAACUGCCAGACUCUGGAUAUGAAGUGUGGCUCCAGGUUCAGACCUCUCCUCUUUGCUUCAGUGUAGUCCAGGCCCCCUCUUUCUUUGUCUUCACCGUCUCUCAAGCACAGCACUCAUACUGUAGAGUCAAGAAAACCCCUCGCUCAACAACAACAGGCGCCUUCCCUCCUGGCUACCACACCGACGUGCUGCCUUUCCUCCUUGUGGACGACUCAAAAACACAAACACAGUUUCAAAAAGGUGCUCCGUAACUAACCCUGUGCAGGUUUUCUGGGGGGAAAAAUGUUGAGGAAAAGCUCAGCACCACCACUUGUGCUGUUCGAAACGGCCAUCUUCCAAACGCGUAAAAAAAAACAACAAAAAAAACAAAAAAAAGCAGGUGUGUGUGAUCAUAGUGUAGCGUCCAUCUCUCCCACUGUCUGUGCGUGCUCGAGCCUCGUGAGUGCCGUGUGGUGUUUUUCUGAAUGGAUCCUGUGGAUGAAUGUAAAGAUCCUCUCCAUUAUUGUAUGUGUAAUAAAACAUGACCUGCCCCUUAACUGAGAAUAAAAAAUAAAAAUGACA